AUUGCAAUUGCGGCGUAACGAAUGAGCCUACAAAGUGAUAUCAAACGCUAAAAAUACCUGUAAAAAAACGCAAAAUUUGGAGUUUUGACAAUAAAAUCGUAAGUAAACAUGUCGGAGGAGAACAAAUGCCAAGUGUGUCAAAAACCAGCGGACCAGCGAUGCGGUGGAUGCCAUUCAGUGCAUUACUGUUGUAAAGAACAUCAGAAGAACGACUGGAAACAACAUAAGAAGCACUGCAAACCCUUUAAGGUAUGCACAGACGACGUUCUCGGUCGUCAUUUAAAAGCCUUAAAAGACCUGAAACCAGGAGAUGUGAUCAUCCAAGAAAAUCCGCUAAUAUGGGGUCCUGCUAUAAGUACAGUACCUGUGUGUUUAGGAUGCGGACAAGAGGUGAACCAAAGAAAUAGUAGACCAUGUUCCAAGUGUGGAUGGCCCAUGUGUAGUGAUUUGUGUGAAAAAGCACCUGCGCAUAUUCCCGAAUGUAGAUAUACGUUUUUAAGAGGAGAUAAAGUCUCAAUAAAAAAUUUCGGUAUCACUCAUCCUAACUACCAAUGCAUUACAGUGUUGAGAAUACUUUAUCAAAAACAGUUUCUUCCGGAAGUUUGGAAAAAGAUAGAAGUAUUGCAAUCCCAUGACAAAGACAGAAAAGGGACUCAAAGUUAUGAACACGAAAGGACACAAAUUGCUCAAUUUAUACUUAAGUUUUUUAAAUUAGCCGGGACUUUUACAGAAGAAGAGAUUAUGGAAGUUUGUGGAAUUAUCAUGGUAAAUUCACAUGAAGUGCCUCUUACAGAACCCAACCACAUAGCAAUUUAUGAGCAAGCAUCGAUGCUAGAACAUAGCUGUUCAGCCAAUUGUUCCAAGAGUUUUUCCAACAAAGGAGGAUUAGUAAUAACAGCUGGAACUCAUAUUAAGAGAGGGGAUCAUCUUAGUAUUUGUUAUACGGAUCCGUUGUGGGGUACUCCAAAUAGACGACAUCAUUUGUAUAAUUCUAAGUUCUUUUGGUGUUCCUGUGAGAGGUGCAAAGAUCCUGAGGAGUUUGGAACAUAUUUUAGUGCUCUUAGAUGUCAAGAUAGCAACUGUAAGGGAUACGUUAUUCCAAAAACCUUCAUCGACAACUCCACCAAUGACAAAGGAUCAGAUUGGUAUUGCACCACCUGUCCAAGUAAACUCUCAUCGUACUCGGUUCAAGAUCUUCUCGAAAGGAUCGGAAAAGAUCUGAAUGAUAUGCCAAAACAAAACAUUAAAGAAUGUAGAAGUUUUAUAGAGACCUAUGAAGAACUCCUGCAUCCUAAUCAUUUUUUGCUGACUGACGUGAAAUUGGCUUUACUAAAUUUGAUUGGACAGACAAAAGAGGGGAUGAGAGAAAUAUCAGAUGAUGAGUUGCAGCUGAAAUUUAGGUUAGGCCAGAGUUUGUUGAAUUUGUUUAAACAACUCGUUCCUGGUGAAAAGAGAGUAAGAGGAGUGUGUCUCUUUGAGCUUAUCGCAGCUCUUGCGGAAAUUGCAAGGCGUAAGACUGAACCUGAUAUUGUUUAUGCGUCUAUGCUUGAGUCAAAAAGUCUUCUUAUUCAAUGUAUAGAACUUUUAAGGCACGAACCAGAUGCUCUUCCUGAAGGAAAAAUGUGUCAGCAAGCAAGAAACAACCUAAAGGAACUGGAAUUAGUUCUUCAGACACUACAUAAAACAUUGGGUAAUGAACUUGCUUGAUUUUUAUAAAAGAUAUAAAUAUGUUUUGUUUUUAUAAUCGUUUGUGGGUGUUUGUAAGUUGAUGAUUGUUAAGUUUAAUGACUUUUGUUGCGUUUUUUAAACAAUUUUGUAAUAUUAUUGAAAUAAACUCU